AUGGAGAACAAACAGCAAAGCAACAGUGAGAUGAAAGAAAAUAAGGCAGUGAAGAAAAAAAUGAAUUGGUCCGGGAGUCUUAUUGUAGCCUCUUUAACUGGUGCUUUCGGGUCGUCUUUUCUUUAUGGUUACAAUCUGUCAGUGGUGAAUGCUCCUGCAGCGUAUAUCAAGAAGUUUUACAAUGAAACUUGGGAAAGAAGAUAUGGCUUCUCAGUGGAUGAAAGCACGCUGACUCUCCUCUGGUCUAUAACUGUUUCUAUUUUUGCCAUUGGUGGCCUUGUGGGUGCCAUUAUUGUUACCCCGAUUGUGAAGUUCUUCGGGCGGAAAUGUACGUUGCUCCUCAAUAACGUGUUUGCAGUGACAGCUGCGUUGCUGAUGUCCUUCUCCUUCUUGGCGGGGUCAUUUGAAAUGCUCAUACUGGGCCGCAUUAUAAUGGGUGUUGAUGCAGGCAUUUCUCUGAGUGCCCUUCCCAUGUAUUUGAGUGAAAUAUCUCCAAAGGAAAUCCGUGGUUCAUUGGGUCAGGUCACAGCAAUUUUCAUCUGUAUUGGUGUUUUCACUGGUCAAGUUUUGGGGCUGCCAGAAAUAUUCGGGCAAGAAUCUCGGUGGCCUUACUUAUUUGGAGCGAUCAUUGUUCCUUCAUUGAUACAAAUCGUGAUUCUGCCUUUUCUUCCUGAAAGUCCUCGUUACCUCCUACUUGAAAAACAUAACGCGAGCAAGGCAGAAAAAGCAUUUCAGACCUUCCUUGGGAAAGAUGACGUGUCUCAUGAAGUAGAAGAAGUUUUGGCAGAGUCUCGAGUCCAAAGAAACACCAAGUUAGUGUCAGUACUUCAGCUCCUGAGAACCCACGCUGUGCGAUGGCAGGUCAUUACCGUGGUUGUCACCAUGGGCUGCUAUCAGCUCUGUGGACUAAAUGCUAUCUGGUACUACACAAACAACAUCUUUAGUGAAGCUGGGAUCAAUCAUGAAACAAUCCCCUAUGUUACUCUAAGUACUGGUGCUGUUGAGACUGUGGCUGCUGUUUUUUCUGGCUUAGUUAUUGAACGGCUCGGACGCAGGCCUCUUCUCAUUGGGGGUUUUGGGUUGAUGGUUGUCUUCUUCGCAGUACUUACUGUCUCUCUGACUUUACAGAAAACGGUGCAUUGGCUUCCUUACCUCAGUAUAUUUUGCAUCCUUGCAAUCAUUGCAUCGUUCUGCAUUGGACCAGGUGGGAUUCCGUUUGUCCUCACCGGAGAGUUUUUCCAGCAGUCGCAGAGGCCGGCCGCAUUCAUGAUAGCUGGGACAGUCAACUGGCUCUCCAACUUCGCAGUCGGACUGCUCUUCCCUUUCAUUCAGGGUGGUUUACAGACAUACUGCUUCCUAGUGUUUGCUGCCAUCUGCUUUGCGGGAGCUACCUACCUGUUUUUUGUCCUGCCUGAAACAAAAAAUAAGACAUUGAAUGAGAUCAGCCAGGCAUUUGCCAAAAGGAAUAAAGUAUCUUUAGAAAUGCAAGAAAUGAACCACUACCCAGGGGAGAGGAAAUCGAGUGCAGAACAAGAAUCAAACUUCACAUCUUCGGUGGACAAUGGGGAAACCAAAAAAGGGAUUGUGUAAACCCAGGAUGCUGUUUCGGGGGACGGGGGAAAACAUGCUCUUUUCAUUCAGUAUGUUUAUAGCAACGCGCAACUUGUAUUUUUUAUGUGACAGCAUGAACUGCUUCCCCCUUGAGUAUGUUUUAAGUGAGUACGGGUGAAUUUGUUAGCAGCUAGGGUGAUGGUUGAGGAAAUGAGAGGCGGGAGUAGCAGCAGCUGGUUAAAUAAAUAAGAGCCGGAGUUUUCUUGGGCACCUGUGAAAUUGGUGCUGUGGUGAGUGGGGUGGGGAAUAUACACUCAGAGAAGCAAAGUGGCGGUGGGGAGCAGGGGUUGUGAGCAGCAGCUGGCUGAGCACCCC